AUGGCUACCAAAGAUCAAGAAAUCCUUGAUCUUGAUGACCCAAAGAUAAGCCAACUUGUCAUGGAUCUUAUGUCACUGCAGAAGGACAUAAAUGGCCAUAGUAGGAGGUUCGAUGAGUUGCUGAAGCCUUUCGAUCAAGAAGAAGAUGCUGAUGGUCUCUUCAGUUUGCAGCUGAAAGUGCUUGACAAAUAUUAUGAGCAAAAUUUGCUCAACUUCUUCUCACGUGCUUUCCAUGUUAAAUGCAAUCCUACAGUUUCCGAUUACUGUAAGCUUUGGGAGGCUUGGGAAAUUUCAGGACACCGAUUGUCAAAUGAUGACUGUCUUAAGUUCUGGGUGUAUGUUUUGAAGCACUGGGGUGAAAAGACUGAGAAAACCAUCACUGAGAAGCUGGUGAAAUUGCCGGUUGCUUCUGGCUCAGAUGAAGUUUUGCUGUUCAACAAGCAUGAUGUUUUUAUUGCUGAUGAUCUUCAGCUGAAAGAUCUCUUCAAUCGGUUUUCCGCUCAAUCUCUAUUUGUCUGGUACCCUCAGCCAAGCAAACCUUCUUUACCUCAGAUGAAGUUGUUUGAUAUUUACAGGAAGAUUGGUGUUCGCACUAUAUCCGAGUCUGUAGAGAAGGAAGAAUCAUACACAGUGGAUGUUGCUCAACUCAAUCAGGUGAAUCCAAAGGAGAAUUUGAUUACAAAAGAUCUGGUUACACUCAUCCUUGGUUUUCUAGCAAAUCCUGUGAUGAAAAUGGAAGCUGAAAGAAGGCAUGAAAUUAUCCGAGGGCUUCUGAAUAUUACUUUCCUUGAGAUAGUUGAACCAAUAAGCGUAAAGUACAGUUUAUCACUUUCUUCAGGGGAGAUCGUGAAUGCAAGAGCAAGCCGAAUGAUAUGCUGGGAUAGAGAGUCUUCAAAGUUUUUCACACAGAAGUUGGACAGGUCUAGUGGAUAUAAGAAUCAAAUUGAAUAUGCAACAGAUUUUUCUGAAGCAAUAUCUGAGGGUGUGUUAUGGGAGAACUGUGAUCAUAUUGGUGCACUCUCUGAACUGAUCAAGCUGGCCUUCGUGCUGGAAUUUGAUGAGGAAGCAGUUAGGUUUUUAAUGGAGUCCAAGAAUUUGCAAAUAUACUUAGAGGAUGAGGAGUUCAUUGCAUCUGUCUUUCCUUCUGACUAGUUAGAUAUAUACCAUGAACUGUUAAUAUUUGUGUUUCUUUCAUAUAUUUCUUGUGUGUUUCUUACAGUGUUUUGGGCGUAAAUGUCAAAACUCAAAAGAAUGAAUCAGUUGCUGCUAUUCUGAUUCUAAUGGUCAUUCAUAAGCUGUUAAACUUAUAUUGUCUUGUCCUAGAUUUUCCUUUGUUUGUAUUUCUAUUUUGGGGCGAUACUCUUUAAUUCUGAACUAAAUGUUAAUGUUUGGUAUUGGCAU